GAAACUUUGCAAUCGUCGGCAGUGCCAUCUUUCUCUUUUUUCUCUUCACUUCCUUGCCUUUCGUCCACUACCAACCGGACUCAUUGGCACAUGCUAUAAUGCAAUCAUGAGGAUUUCGGCUCUCUCCCUAGGCCUCUUGGCCCUCAUAACGCCAUUGACAGCAGCAUGGACUAAGGAAGACAACGAAAUCUUCCGCGUUCGCGACGAGCUCAUAGCGCACGAGGGCCCCGAUGUUACCUUUUACGAGUUCGUGGGCGUGGAGCGGACGGCGAGCCAGGAGGACAUCAACAAGGCGUACAAGAAGAAGUCGCGGCAGCUGCACCCGGACAAGGUGAAGCAGCAGCUGGCGGCCGAGCGCGCGCAGCAGAAGCUCAACCACAAAAACAGCGGCAAGCCGGGCGUGCACGUGUCCAAGCCGCCGACGGCCUCCGAGGUCAAGGCGGCUAUCAAGCGCGCCUCGGAGCGCCAGACCCGCCUGUCUAUCGUCACUAACGUCCUGCGUGGGCCCGGCCGCGACCGCUACGACUACUUCCUGUCCAACGGCUUCCCCACCUGGAAGGGCACCGAGUACUACUACACGCGCUACCGCCCGGGCCUCGGCACCGCCAUCUUCGGCGUCUUCCUCUUCGCCGGCGGCGCCGCACACUACAUUGCCCUGUACAUGGGCUGGAAGCGCCAGCGCGAGUUCGUCGAGCGCUACAUCAAGUUUGCGCGCCACGCCGCCUGGGGCGACAACCUGGGCAUCAACAUUCCGGGCAUUGACGGACAGCCGGCCGCCGCGCCCGCGCCCGCUCCGCCCCCGCCGCAGCAGGUCUACCACGACGAGGACGGGCGCGCCAUCCCGGUGAACCGCAAGAUGCGCCGGCUGCAGGAGCGCGACGCCAAGAAGGAGACUAGCAAGAACUCGCAAGCCAGCAGCGGGCGCCGGGGCCGCCGGGGCCGCGAUCAGCCGGCGUCGGGCACCGGGUCGGGCACCGCGACGCCCCUGCCGCAGCCCCAGGGCAGCGGGCCGACGGGCACUAAGAAGCGCGUCGUGGCCGAGAACGGCAAGGUGCUGGUCGUGGACUCGCUCGGCGACGUCUACCUCGAGCAGGAGGACGAGGACGGCAACGUGGCCGAGUACCUGCUUGAUCCCAACGAGCUCCCCCGCCCUUCGGUCAAGGACACGGCCAUCGUGCGCCUCCCCCUCUGGGCCUAUUCGCUGACGGUCGGUCGCCUCUUCGCGAAGCAGGGCGGCGGGAAUGGCGCAGAGGACCAGCCUGCCGAGGACGAGUUUGUUGACAACGACGAGGAGGACUCUGAGCCGGGCAAGGCCACGCCCAGCACGGACUCGGCCGAGGAGUUUGAGCUGCUGGAAAAGUCGGUCGACGACCUGGGCCAGGCCAAGACGACGGGCAGCAGCCAGAAGCAGGGCGGCAAGGCGGGCAAGCGGAAGAACAAGAAGAGGUGAUCGGAUCGAGGGGAAGAAGAUGGAGACGAAGAAGAAUAGAGAGCAGUAAAAUGGUAUAUAUGCAUACAGACACGCAGGCGAGGCAUCUUUUUCUUUGUUCUUUUUGGUGUAUACAA